AACUGCCACGAUUCCUUUCAAUCAUUAUAUAAUCCAUUUUUUAAGACUGUUCGUACUUCUCACUUGGAAGAAUUGGCAAUCCGAAUUUCCACCGUUUGUCAUACGUUAAAAGAAUAUCCAUCAGUGCGAUAUAUUAAUAAUAAUAAGGAUACAACCAAUUUCGAAUUAGCAAACCUGGUCCUGGAAAAACUGAAAAUAAUGAAAGAUUUAAAUCCAAGCAUGGGUGAAGGUCGUGGAAAAUUACGUUCACAGUUAAUUAUAGUUGACCGGACGUUUGAUUUGAACUCAAUAAUUCUACAUGAGCUCACUUUCCAAGCUAUGGCUUAUGAUAAUUUUACAAUGGAAAAAAAAAAUUUUAAUUUUACUGAUGACAAUGCUCAAAAUGUUGCAUGUUUCGAAGAAAGAGAUAUAUUAUGGACACAAAUAAGACAUCAACAUAUUUGCCAUGCAGUAACUGUCGUGAACGAGAAAUUAAAGAACUGUGUGAACUCUUUACGCACAUUAACAUUAACUGUUGGUACUGCUGCAAAGAGUUCAUCGGUCUGGGACAUGUCUAAAUCUAUUAAAAUGAUACCUGAACUAAAUAAAGAAAAAGAAAAAUGUUCUCGUUAUAUAAGUGAACUUCAAAAAUGCAUGGACUUAUAUGGAAAAGAUUUAGUUAAUAUCUGUGGUUUAGAACAAAAUUUAGUUAUGAGUGGUAUUACAUUUGGCGCAGAUUUCACAGAUUUUUUAAGUGAACUGAAAUCUUAUCUAAAUAAUGUUAAUGUAUCUACACAGAACAAGAUGCGGCUUAUUAUAUUAUUUAUUUUGCAUAAGGGUGGAUUACCAGAAAAUAUUUUUAAUGAAUUUAUUCAAAUUGCUCAACUUUCGCCAACUAAUAUACAAACUAUUAUGAAUUUGAAUAUUAUACUUGGCUUUUGUACUACUAAAAAAGAAGGCACAAAGAUACAACUCCCAUUUGGACAUGGGACCCGCGUCAGUGAUGAAAAAUUCCCGGUGUCUCCAUGGACGCCGUUGAUCAAAAAUUUAAUGGAAAAUUGCAUUGAAAAUAAAUUGGAUCCUGAACAAUGUCCAUUUGUAGGUGUUAAUAAGUCUUCAACUGAAAAUCAUGCAGCAUCAAGUUCAAGGUAUACAGCGCCUAACGCAAUGUGGCACAAACCAAAAGCUUCGACCGAAUUUCAAGGUUCAAGAGUCAUAAUAUACAUCCUGGGAGGAGUCACAUAUUCAGAAAUGAGAUGUGCGUAUGAAGUGUCCAAUAAAUUCAAAAACUGGGAAAUUAUAAUUGGUUCAUCAAACCCACUGACACCUAAUGACUUCAUCCAAAACUUGUCUGAAUUAAACAAACCGCCCCAUUAG